UGCUAAAAAAAAGUGAUUCAAUAACAUGAACACAAAACAUGAAUUAAUUAGUAAAAAAUGUAAUUAAUUAGUAAUUAGCAAAGCCACAUCGAACAAAAUAAACGUAAAGUGCCAAAAACAAAAACAUUGCAAUUAAUUAACAGUUUUCGCCUAGUGAUUAUGAAUUAAAAAUUCGACAAAAUUACCGAAUUAAACGAAAAUAUGGUAUUUGCUAUACCUCGAACUCGUUUCGGGUGGCGAUUAUUUCAUUUGUUUAUGACGUUAGCGUUAAUUUUCUUAAUUUAUAAACUAAUUAAAUAUCCAAUGAGUAAAAAUCAAAUCGAAAUUGUUCAACCGAAAGUUAUUGAGAAAACUGUCGAAAGGAAACCGAUUAUUCAUGAGGUAACCGAUGACGGGGAUGUAUCUGCACCCGUUCUUAUUACUGUUUACUAUGAAGCUUUAUGUCCAGAUUCCAAAAGUUUUGUUACCAAACAAUUGUUACCAGCAUAUGAAAAAGGUGCUAGAAUUAUGGAUGUGGAUUUAGUUCCUUACGGCAAAGCAACUACAAAAAUAAUCGAUGAUCGUUAUGAAUUCGAAUGUCAACAUUCGUAUGAAGAAUGUGAAGCGAAUAAAGUACACGCAUGCGUAAUAUACUACAUUCCAAAAACUUUAGAACGUAUUCGUUAUGUUUCUUGCAUGAUUCAAAGUUCCAGUAAACCGAUUCAAGCUGGGCACGAUUGUGCCAAACAACUUUACAUCGAUUAUCAUCCAAUUAAGCAUUGCGCCCAAUCAGAAAAAGGUUCGGAAUUAUUAAAAAAACAUGGUGAUCAAACGCAAGCAGUUCGACCCAAAAUAACGUUCAUCCCAACGGUUACUGUUGACAAUUCAUCGGAUAUCUCAUCGUUACCAGCUCUCUUGAAGGAUUUGUUUGGUGAAGUUUGUAAACAAUUUAAAGAUAUUCAGCCAAAUGAAUGUUUAGAUCGUGAUUAGAUCGUAUCACGAUCGUAUGCAACUGUGACCUUCUGCUCCUACACUUACAGGUGUAGGGAGUCACCCCUCCAGAUUUAAUUGUACAAGCAUAUCGUUUUCUUCAUACCACGAUCAAGACUGAUAAGUGAUCAAUUACCAUUUAUAAAAAAAAAAUAAAAAAACAAAUAAAAACAGAAUAAAAAUAUAUAUGCCCUCCUUUUAAACCAUUUCAAAAUAAUUUUCAUUGUGAUCUCAUACUAAAAAUUUUGUGUAUUACCUUCCCCUCUAUUCCUCUCUUCUAAAACUUAAAACUAAAAAUUAUAAAAUUGUUUUUCAAGUCGAGUAAAAAACUUUACGUGGCAAAAAAAUGUUCAUUCUUUAUCCGAUACAAGCGUGAAUCAAAAUUAAGUAGAAUUACUAGCAAGUAGAAUGAAAUGUCCAAAGAGAUAAUAUCAUAGAGCUGUACAGGCAUAGGAAAUACUUGACUGUAAUGAGAGAGGCGGGAAGAGACAGAAAUUGUAGGCGUAUAAGAGAAACGAAGACAGCUAUACGCGUCUACUUUAUCGGUCUCUCUACAGUUAAACAAACGCCCUUACUUUAUGUGUCCUGUCUCUACUGCGAUCAAUGGUAUUACCUCUAUGGAAUUAUCUCAAAAAUUUGUCUAACAAGAAUCGUUUACUUUAUAACCAAAAAAAAAAACCGAAAUAUUGAUACACUGUGUCACAUAAGUGACGAAACCCCAACAAAAAAAAGGGGUAAAUAAUUGAAAGUGUUUUGUUUGUUCAUU